AUGCGGACCUCCAGUUCUUGCUGGUGGGGGGAGAGCUGCUGGUUAGAGGGCGAUGCGGACCUCCAGUUCUUGCUGGUGGGGGGAGAGCUGAUGAAGGUCAAGUCCUCCUCCUGGAAGAAGAAUCGCUUCUACAAGCUGCAGGAGGACUGUACAACCAUGUGGCACGAGUCACACAGGACCUUCAAGCGCAACCAGACCUUUUCCAUUGAUGAGAUAGACUCUGUGCGUAAGGGCCGUCAGUCGGAGGGUCUUCAGAAGCACACAGAGGCCCACGUGGAGGACCUCUGUUUCUCCAUCGUCUUUAAGGGCCGCAGGAGGAACCUGGAUCUGAUAGCUAGCUCGGUGGAGGAGGCUAGGCAGUGGGUCCACGGUCUGGAGAAGAUCCUCUCUAACAUGAAGAAACUCAACCGCCAGCAGACGAGUGAGCACUGGAUCUUCAACUGUAUGAGGAAAGCAGACAAGAACAAGGACAACAAGAUGACUCUGAAGGAGCUGAAACACUUCCUCCGACAGAUCAACAUCGAGGUGGACGACAUGUACGCUGAAGUGCUGUUUGCAAAAUGUGACAAGUCUAACUCGGGCUCCCUGGAAGGUCCUGAGAUCAAACACUUCUAUGACCUGCUGAUAUAUCGCGAGGAGAUCGAUGUGAUCUAUGGGAAGUACGCCACUACGGGGGAGCAGAUGAGUGUCAAAGACCUGCUCAACUUCCUGCUGAACGAGCAGCGUGAGGUGGCCACCAUGGAGGACGCUGUAAGACUCAUACAGAGAUACGAGCUGGACGAUUCAGCAAAGCAGAAGAAUCACAUGACCAAAGAUGGCUUCCUGAUGUACCUGCAACAGGAGGAGGGGUCUAUCUUCAACCCCGCCCACAAGGAGGUGUUCCAGGAUAUGAGCCAGCCAAUCAACCACUACUUCAUCAGCUCCUCCCACAACACCUACCUGAUGGAAGACCAGCUCAAAGGCCCCAGCAGCACAGAGGCCUAUAUCAAGGCCCUGAUGAAGAGUUGUCGCUGUGUGGAGCUAGACUGUUGGGACGGGGCCCAUGGGGAGCCAGUCAUCUACCACGGCCACACCCUCACCUCCAAGGUCCUGUUUAAAGACGUCAUCAAGGCUAUCAAGGAGUAUGCCUUCAAGACAUCAGAGUACCCAGUGAUCCUGUCCCUGGAGAACCACUGUACACUGGAGCAGCAGAAACUGAUGGCCCAGCACAUGAUCUCCAUCCUGGGCAGCGCCCUGCUCACCUCCCCCCUGGAGGACCAGAUGCCCACUGCCUUCCCCUCACCCCAGGAGUUGAAGGGUCGGUUCAUCAUCAAGGGGAAACGUCUGAACAAGCUGGAUUCCGUCUUCAGCAAUACUAGUCCUGGAGUAGAGGAAGACUGUGUCUCAGAGGAGGACGAGGCUGCAGAGACCAACCACUCCAAGACAGACUCCAACGGACAGAAGGCCAAAGCCAAGAAGACAAAGAUCAAGCUAGCCAAGCAGCUGUCUGACCUGGUGAUCUACUGUAAGAGUGUCCACUUCUCAGGGUUUGAGCACGCUAAAGACACCCAGGCCUUCUAUGAGAUGUCCUCCUUUAAAGAGAGCAAGGCUGUUAACCUGGCCGAGACAGCAGCUAAAGCCUUUAUCCGCCACAACAUGACCAAGCUGAGCCGUAUCUACCCAGCUGGCUCCAGAACAGACUCCUCCAACUACAACCCAGUUCCCCUGUGGAACGCAGGCUGUCAGAUAGUGGCGCUGAACUUCCAGACUCCCUCUAAGGAGUUGGACCUGAACCAGGGCCGGUUCCGGUCCAACGGGCUGAGUGGAUACGUCCUGAAGCCCGACUUCCAGAGAUACCCUGCGACACAGUUUGACCCAACGACCCUCACCAAGGGACCCUGGCUCAAACGCAAGACCUUCCACCUCAUGGUGAUCUCAGCCCAGCAGCUGCCCAAGUUAAACAAUGACAAGUGUAAAUCCAUCGUGGACCCACUGGUUAAAGUGGAGAUCUAUGGUGUUCCAGCUGACACGUGCAGCAAGGAGACACGCUCCAUCGAGAACAACGGUUUUAACCCCAUGUGGAAUGAGACGUUCCAGUUUGACAUCCAGGUACCAGAGCUGGCCCUGGUCCGCUUCCUGGUCGAAGACUAUGACUACGCUUCACAGAACGACCUAAUUGGACAGUACUGCCUGCCACUCACCAGUCUACAGAACGGUUACCGCCACGUCCCUCUGCUCACCAAGCAUGGUGAUGUCAUCCCCUCCGCAGGCUUGUUUGUUCACCUCAUGCUGCUGGACGCCAAAUAGACCCCGCCCACUUCACACGGACCCCUCCCACAUCAAACAAACUCCCCCCACAUACUGCUGACUCCUCCCACACAGGACAGACUCCUCCCACACUACAAGGACUUCUCCGACAUUGUAAUGUCUCUUCUCACACCAAAAGGACUACUGCCACAUCAAAUUAACUCCUCCCACACCACACGGACCCCUCCCACAUCAAACUAACUCCUCCCACACCACACGGACCCCUGAAAACGUGUGUUUUUGCAUUAACGCGGUGGGUGGGUCUGACAUGCUAGGUUGCUAUUUAAAAGUAUUGUAUGUGAAUGAUACAAGCAAAUAAAGGAUCCUAUAGAGAGUAGUUAGUAUGUUGCUGGUCCUAUAGAGAGUAGUUAGUAUGUUGCUGGUCCUAUAGAGGGUAGUUAGUAUGUUGCUGGUCCUAUAGAGGGUAGUUAGUAUGUUGCUGGUCCUAUAGAGGGUAGUUAGUAUGUUGCUGGUCCUAUAGAGGGUAGUUAGUAUGUUGCUGGUCCUAUAGAGGGUAGUUAGUGUGUUGCUGGUCCUAUAGAGGGUAGUUAGUAUGUUGCUGGUCCUAUAGAGGGUAGUUAGUAUGUUGCUGGUCCUAUAGAGGGUAGUUAGUGUGUUGCUGGUCCUAUAGAGGGUAGUUAGUAUGUUGCUGGUCCUAUAGAGGGUAGUUAGUAUGUUGCUGGUCCUAUAGAGGGUAGUUAGUGUGUUGCUGGUCCUAUAGAGGGUAGUUAGUAUGUUGCUGGUCCUAUAGAGGGUAGUUAGUAUGUUGCUGGUCCUAUAGAGGGUAGUUAGUAUGUUGCUGGUCCUAUAGAGGGUAGUUAGUGUGUUGCUGGUCCUAUAGAGGGUAGUUAGUGUGUUGCUGGUCCUAUAGAGGGUAGUUA